UAAUUGUAAUGUACAUGGGAAAAAAAAAUUUAAAAAAAAUGAAUUUAUGUAACCAGUAUAUGACUUCAUAUGAGAACCUGACUAGAUUUCAAGUCCCCGUAAUUUGAAGUUUGAGUAUAUAUAACACCGCAAGUUAGCGGGGGUUCCACUGUUGUAACCGGCUCCAAUAUCACAGGACAUAUAAUUUGCAUAUAUAAUAUAAGAAUACCUAAACAAAUAAAGUGAAGCUUUCGACAUCUCUUGUUGAUGAUUAAAUACUCAGCAACAAUUCAGCGUUGUGAGUAUGUGUGACAAAAGAUUGUAACAAAAUGACAGGGUUGAUAGACGAUUUUAUCGAUAUAACCCACGAGAUACGGUCGUUAUCAUCAAGUUCUACUCUAUCGGGCAACACAACUAAUUCGGAACUUAUACGACAAACAUUAUCAAACGAUGCUCUGCUUGCCGUGUUGGCUAACAAGACCGCGCUAUCGGCAGAGGAAAUAGAACUAACGAUUACUAGUAUUUAUGUCAACGCACAAAACAUUCAAAAUGUCUACGAGAUGUUUACUAACUCAGUGGAUCUGAAUCUGAAUGACAGCAUACAAGCGUAAGUAUAUUGUCUCAAUGUAGACAUUCCGGCGAAAUAUGUUUCAAUAGGAAGAUUUUGUAUGAUUUGUAUAUCAUGAGUAUAGAAAUUUGUAUAUCACGAGUAUAGAAGCUAGAGCGAUUGAGCGAAGCUAUAUUAUGUGAUAUUAAUCUUUGCAUUGUCAUACCCCAACUAGAUAGGGUUAUAUGAGUAACAUAAUGAUCGACAAGUUUUACACAGUAACACAAGUUAGCCCAAAGAAUUCUGAUUUCUGUAUAUCGACAACCUAUAAAAAUGUAAAUUGACAAACAUUCCUGCAGUUUGACUGCUGAAACUAUAUGUAACAAUUAUAAAUGCUUUGAUUCAAGAAGGCAAAUUUGUCAUGUCUUUAAGUUCGUUUAUAUUAUCUAUAAUAUUGUGUCGACAAAUCAUGUGUCUUGCAUAGCAACCCGCUGCAAUUGGCCUGCAAUUUUCAUCAUUAUAUUUAGAGAACCUAUGUUAACAUUUCACAAAUGUCGUCCUUCUAAUCUUGCCGUCAUGGUAAUAGCGUGACAGUUAAUCAGCCUAUAUCGCUAGACUGCAGUAUUUAUAUGUAACAUAAUUUGCCUACGCGUUAUUUUUAAAAUGUACUGUAAAAUCGCCGCUAUUUCGUUUGCAAUAUGUGUCUCAAUAAGUAUGCAUCUAGCGUAUUUUAUUACUUCGGAAAACAUCGGUUGAAUUUCAUGCCGCCUUUUCAAUACGCACGCGUUCUUUGAUCGGCUGCACAAAGUCCUGUAUUUGUUACAUGCGUGUCCAAUUGUUUCCGGCCACUUGUGAAAAGACAAGCUGACGAAGACUAAUAAUUUAUAUGACCACUUGAAUUAUAAGUAUGGAGGCUAAAGCAAAGAAACUAAAGGUAAAGUAAUACGAGCAACAAAAUUGCAGCAGCUUGCAAUAAAAUCUUACUUCAACGCAUGUUAAUUGAGAUGUUCACACACAAGUUGCAACACCCGAGACAACGUUAGUACAAAUUUCUAAUUAACAUGCAUUAAAAUCAGAUUUUAUUGCUGCAUUUUGUUGCUCGUAUUACUUUACCUGAAAACCUUCCUAUAUUUUCAAGUAUUAUCACCACGGUACCUGAUUUUCUGUUUUUAUUCAUGAAUUAUCAAUGAGCUUGAGAACAGCGGCAGAGGUACUGUAUGAAGGAUGCUUGUCGUAUGAAAGAUCUUCCUUGGAAUCUGAAAAGAUAGAUGCAUUAUUUUCAAGUUAAAAUGUUUUUGGACAAUGACAUCUUUUAGAUCCUAACUAUUUCCUGAGGACCACCUAAAGACCUAGUGUGCCACCCUACAUACGGGGCUUAAAACGAGUCAGCGUGUUUGUGCACUAUCACUAUGUCCCGACAGAAGAACAGAACGGAUUUAGAACCGUACACAAAUUCGCUUGUUUCAUUUCGGAUAACACGAGAAUUCGUACAGUUAAAUGUUCUCGGAUACAUCAGGUUUUAUGAGUCAUGCCUGUGUUGAGAGAAACUCAACAACCUGAAUAAUAUAUGCAGAACUACAAUCCUGGCAAAAAUUAUUGUGGACAGCACGCGCGGAAAUAGAAAUACCAUCCUUGGCAUUGAUAUACGUGAAAAACAGCAAUGUUUAACUUCCUCCUCCCCCCGGUUCAAUGUUGAAAGCUUAUACAUUGGUUAGGUAAAAGCUUUGCGAAAUGCAUGUCAGGACCAACAUUGUAGGGGGGAGUGGGGGAGGCCAACAUGUGCAUGCCAACAGUAAUACUUUAGUUUACACCUCAGUGUCCACGGAAUUUUUGCCAUGAUUGUAGCUUCGACGUUUCGAGCGAAGGCCCUUAGUUGGAUGCCAUUUGUCGGAGGCCCCUUAUCGAAACGUUCUGCUUAGAUUUUUCGGGUAGUUGAAAAUCUCUCGACCACACCCGACAUCUGUCAUAUAAUAGCGUUUUACACAAGGGUUUUUGAGAAAGGCAAUUUCACCAUUUUAAGUAGAUUGUGUUCUUGUUAAACGUACUUUUAUAUAGUUAUGUAAAGAUAUUUUGCACACGUCCCCCGUGGAAAGAGCUUAAGUUGAGCUGGGAAUAUUUUCGGUGAUAUUGUUCACUUUUUCUUCUCACCACUAGGGGGCUGUCAUGUUCAAUUAAGCGAGAACAACACCUACGCGGUAUUUACGUCUCGGAUUUUUGAAGGCCCUCACAAGAUAUCGAAAACAAAGUUUUCUUUUCAGUCAAAAAAAAUAGCAAACGUUUCCUGUGAUACAAUAAUAUAGGUCUUCCAGUGACGAUUUUUGAAGGGAACUGUGUGUGUUGAAGCGCGACUGGCCGAUAUCGAAUAUCCCUCGUGAAAUGGAGGCUACCUCAUUACCAUCCCAAGACGCUUCAAGUCUGCUGUAUUUUUUGUGUAACUUUCUUCUUUUCCUAGAAAUGUGACAUAUUGUGGAGGGCGUUUGGACAACAAUAACCUGGUCAUUGCUUCAUUUGUCCCAGCUGUAAGUAGCUAGUUUCCCGCUCUUUUUAACCAUGUUCCUUAAAUUCCAGUGAUGUAUUAUAUUCAUCAUCUGCUUCUGUUCGUUCGUUCUGCUCAAUGUUAUAACUAGCCAUUCAUGCUUUAUAUAAUGUUUUAUUUUAUCAUUGUUAAGGGAGGUGCCUUGCAUACUCGGUUCUUUCUAAUCGUUUUAAUGUGUUUUUUUUCCAGUUAAUCAUAAUGAUAAUUCUCUCAUGUGUAAACACACGAUUAUGGAAGCGAGGCUGUUGCAGUGGGCGACCAGGAUUAGCAAUGUACGUAGCAAUGAAGUUCUUCUAAUUCGAAUUCGAAUUUACGGUAGGACUUAAUUGGGAACUACAACAGUCCUAAGUUCUUUGAAUGUUUGCAUGGCAAUAAAAUAUAAUUGUUUUUGUUUGUGGAAACACCACGUAAAUUUAUUACUGCAAAGCUUUCGAUCCGUAAGCCCGGAUCUUCAUCAGUGCUAAUAAUAUGUAAUAAUGAAAUAUUAUUAGCACUGAUGAAAAUCCGGGCUUACGGAUCGAAAGCUUUGCAGUAAUAAAUUUACGUAGUGUUUCCACAAACAAAAACUGUCAAUCAGUGAAUUGAUUGCGAAGCUAAUAAAUAAAUAUAUAGUAAGUGUAUUUUACUAUAGCUAUCGAUGGUGGGAUCGUGAAUCUACUUCUAUGUACCCUAACGCACCCUUUCAACAUUCCCUGUGGGAAGAAACCAGAGUAUACCCAGAGAAAAGUACCCACGACUUUUGGUCCCUAACCUUCCCAAUCAGCAUCCCUCUGGGAAGAAACCGAACUGCCCGGAGAAAAAAACCCCACAUGUCAACAUACACUGGGGAAGAAAAUCUAGCACCAAAAACCCCCUAUGACUUUCGGCAGAAAGUACUGACUCAGUGACUGUACUUUCUACAUGACUGAGCGCACGAUCUCACUGAUGAAAGGCACUUGCUUUGCGUCACUUAAGCCCGUUGUCAUAUCGCAAAGGACUACCUCAACACAAUUUUAUAUAUCAUUUUUUAGCCCUGUGAACCUGUUGGACAGUUACGAAGACAGAUAUACUUAUUCCUUUGCAUUCGCUGCGACAGCAUCGAGUAUUGUCCAAAUUAUUCUCAACAAUGAUUUCAGCGCCGUGUUGGGUGAAGAGUUUCGAGAGAUUCAAGUUCAAAGUCCAUCAUAUGUAAUAGGUAAGCAAAUUUUUCAUAAUACUUUUCACCAUCAUCUUUCUUUGCAGCUGAGAACUAAAUUGUGAAGGACACAGCUCAAACUUAAUCGAAGGGUUACUAUAGGACGAGGACACCUC